UAAAUUCGGAAUCAAAGAUUACAAAAUUGGGACUAGAAUAUACUCUACAAUAUCUUGAUAAUAACGAAAAUAUCAUAAAUACGAAAUCGAUAAUUAAGAAAUUUAGAUCUAAAAUAUCCAUGGAAGCCGUUGAAAUCUUUGAACGGGAAAAAAAAAAACAGCAGAAAUCAAUUGCUGCAUGGAGUAAUCUAUUUAUCAAACUUAUGUCAGGUUUUUCACCAUCCCACUUAAACAUUUCCAAGUCGCACGGUUGA